UUGUGAGUUAUGAAAUAUUAGUUUGGUAUAGCAAAAAUAUGAGUAACUUACUCCACAAGUCUGAAAGGAUGUUUAUACAUCCCUGACAGAUGAGGAAGGGACUUUUUCCAUUCACUUCAUACAUUUAACAUUCUCAUGGGACUGUGGCAGACUGAGUGAGGGAUGUACCUCAGUCGAAACUUUAUCUGCAGUGAGGUAGUCCAUGUCACUCAAGGCGCAUUCCAUUGACUGAGAGGUGUUUUCACCAAGCUACAUACCCUGCAUAUUCUACCGAACACGUACUGUAGUAGACUUAAACAGGGAUCUGCUUAUGUUUGAGACAAACUGUUAUUGAAACUGGGAAAUACUCUGCUGUGCUGCAACGAAACUUUCAUACAGUUAAACAAAAUAUUAUAGGAACACGGGGAGAAUGGAUCACGCGCAACGAAAGUCUGAUGUAUUUGCUUUACAAGAGGUGUGACACAUUGAAGUGAGUUCGACAUGGCAUGCUGGAAAUGGUGCCGUCGGACAUGGGUUUGUUGCCUGGACGAUGAAGAGAGGAGGAGCAUUGCUAUUGACAAUGAGAUUCAGAAGAUUCUCCGACAGCAGAAGAACAGAGAACGCAAAGAAAUCAAAGUUCUUUUACUCGGCACAGGGGAGAGUGGGAAAACCACCUUCAUCCGACAGAUGAGGAUCAUCCAUGGAAGUGGCUUCUCUGAGGAGGAAAGACAGGACUUCGCCAAGCUCAUCUAUCAGAACAUCUUCACGGCUGUGAAAGCUAUGACCCGGGCCAUGAUCACCCUCCGACUGCCCUAUGCCUACCCAGAGAAUGAGAUGAAUGCCAGGUGGGUGCAGGAUGUGGACACAGUGCAGGUCAUCCAGCUGGACCGUGGCUUUGUGGAAGCUAUCCGCCAUCUAUGGGCCGACCCAGGCCUCCGGGUCUGCUACAGCCGCCGCAGCGAGUAUCAGUUGCUGGACUCCACAGAGUAUUAUAUGACCAAUCUGGACCGCAUAUCUGCCCCAGACUACAUCCCCACUGCUCAGGACGUGCUGCGGGUACGAUUCCCCACCACUGGCAUCCAUGACUACUCCUUCACCGUAAAGACCAUCACACUCAGGAUUGUGGAUGUGGGUGGACAGAAGUCAGAGAGGAGAAAGUGGAUCCAUUGUUUUCAGGAUGUGACAUCCCUCAUUUUCCUGGCUUCCCUCAGCGAGUAUGACCAGGUCCUGGAGGAGAGAGAGACUGAUCAGAAGCGUAUGCAUGAGAGCUUGGCUUUGUUCUACACCACCAUCCAUUCCCCCUGGUUCCUCAACACCUCCAUCAUCCUCUUUCUCAACAAGACAGAUAUCCUGGCUGACAAGAUCCAGGCAUCCGACCUGCAGAAGUACUUCCCAGGGUUCACAGGAAAGCGACGUGACGCUCAGGAUGCUAUGAAGUACAUCCAGAAGAUGUAUGAGCAGCAGGCUCACAGCCGGGACAAGAAGGAAGAUAGCAAGACGCUGUACCCACACUUCACCUGCGCCACCGACACCAACAACAUCCGCAAAGUGUUCAGUGAUGUCAAGGACACGGUGCUCCUCAAGUCUCUCAUGGAGUUUGGGGUGAUCUGAGGGCCUGGGGACCCGCCUACCUAUGGGGCCACACUCAACCAACAACCACUCAGGGCAGAACAGGCUCUCCCUCCGUCUCUCCCUUGCUUAGUUUUCUCAAUCUCAGCUCCAGUGGGGAUGCUCUCGGGCCAAACCUCCUUAUUGCAGGAAGGAAUCUCUACCUGGAGAGCAGAACAGAAUGGAGGGACUCCUAUGACUCCUGUAUCACUAACCUGUUUUACACACACACACACACACACACACACACACACACACACACACACACACACACACACACACACACACACACACACACACACACACACACACACACACACACACACACACACACACACACACACACACACACACACACACACACACACACACACACACACACUCUGGUUGUUAUUUUAUAAUGUUGUGUGUAAGGGCGUGGAGAUGUAGUGGCUCUACCAGUGGUUGAAACUGGACUAGAGAUGUCAUGAAGUGCUGUGUCUCCAUUAUGUGAGUGAUGACUUUAGUUGGUGGAGAUGAGAACUCUAUAUCCCUCUAUAUCCCUACCACAACCCUGUUGAUAGAAAAUGCCUCUAGAGAUCACUACAGAAGAUUCAACUCUAUCUGUGUGUUGAAUUAACACUACUGUACACAUGCGUUGCAGUCAUUACAUAACCAGUUCACACCUAUGAGAAGUAGCCACCACUGAAGGCUUGUGUCACAUUUUGUGUUUGGUUGGUCUUUUAAUUGGUUUGCUUGGUUGACACCCGUAUAUGUUGUCGCUGUCUCGGGUGUGAGAUGUGAUGCAGGCGAGAAAUGUGGGAUUUGAGGCGUUUACUACAGCUGUGAUCGAUAAGGUGUCAGAAAUCACUUGAUGUCAUAACGGGUUCCCCUGAUACAGUGUGUUAUGGAAUGCAAUGCUGUACUGUACACUGUUAGGAUUCUUGGUUUGGUUUUUGGUGGAUACUUUUGUUUAGUCUCUUCCCCUAAUGUGCCUGCCUUACGGCCAGUCACUACCUGCUAUACUUUGAGUUCAUGUGGGAACAACAACGCCGGUGAAUGUAUACAUUAACCAACAAAUGAGAGUGCUUAAGAGCAGCAGCCAAGUACAGGGUUAUGACUAGCUGGCAGGCAUGCUGAUGUUAAAGCUGAAAUGUAAUCAAAGAUCUCAUUCAAUUCCUAGGACCCUGUUAGGACUGCUAUUAGGUGGCUCAGAGAGGCCAGUUAAAAGGAACGCCUGGCAUCGCGGGUGGUUCAAGUCUUGCCACUGUCUGAUAGCUCGAAAAAUCAACAUGCAGUUAUGAUGUGAAUGGUUGUAGGCUUUAGGCUACGGUAGGGCUUUUGAUUUGAGCAGUGGAGUUUUUUGUGCUUCGCUGCAGAGUGGCAUGAAAGGUUACACAGCAAACAAGGAUUUAAUCAUUGUGUCAAGACUAUAAACAACAACUCAUUAUUCAUAGUUGGCUUGCCCUUUUACUCUGGUCCCCUAUCAAUAUUUAUGUUCAGUCAAUAUUUAGUUUAGCAGGCUCAGGCUGUGCUCAACUUGUUUCAUGUUCAGUAGCAUUUUAUAUUGGAUUCGAUAUUGGUGUAAUUUAAGCGAUAUGGCCUCUAUAAAUAUGAGUGAGUGGAGCAGGAUGGAGUCUGUCAGAUAAUACAGGCAAUGAUAUUUUGACCUGUGUGCGUCACUAAAGCAGAUGAUGAGUGUGUCAGUGGAAAAGGACUUCAAAGUCAGAUUAAAACCUCUUCCAUUAAAUUGAAGUCAGUAAUAACAAAUUGCAGGCAUGGAUCAUACAAUAUGCAUCGAAUUUAUUCAGGUUUGAGAAGAUUGCUUUGCUGCAGUGUGAAGAAUGUGUUGUUGCUUUUUACUCAAAAACAUUUUUGGUAAAGGACUUGGGUCUGAAUGUGCAACUAAAUGUAUAGCUAUAUUCCCUUGUAGAACUGAACAUAGGCUCUGAUGAAUUAUUAAUUGUAUUCAGCUUAUUUUGUUAUAUUAGACCACCUCAUUAACAGCUAGUGUGAUAGAAGGUGAUGCACUGUAUAUAUUACAGACUAACAUUGGGAGAACUCUUAUUUGGUGCAAAUAUUUUGUAUAGAUUUGGGAAGAAUUUUGGGAAAUAUUUUCUAAUUAAAGUUGUGUUUUGAAAAAGA